ACCUAAUCCACGUAUCUUCUAAACGCCGCACUCUCUUUUCUUCCUCAGAAACACAUCCUAAUGGCAGAGCGCGGAGGUGGCGAUCGUGGCGGCGACCGUGGCGGUUUCGGACGUGGAUUCGGCGGGCGAGGACGCGGAGGUGACAGGGGCCGAGGCCGGCGCCGAGGCCCCCGCCGCGAGGAAGAGGAGAAGUGGGUCCCAGUGACCAAACUGGGCCGCCUGGUGAAGGAGGGAAGAAUCCGAAGCCUUGAACAGAUCUACCUCCACUCGCUCCCGAUCAAGGAGCACCAGAUCAUCGACACGCUCGUGGGUCCCACCCUCAAGGACGAGGUGAUGAAGAUCACGCCGGUCCAGAAGCAGACCCGGGCCGGGCAGAGGACCCGGUUCAAGGCCUUCGUCGUCGUCGGAGACAACAACGGCCACGUCGGGCUGGGCGUGAAGUGCAGCAAGGAAGUGGCGACAGCUAUUCGUGGCGCGAUUAUUCUGGCGAAGCUGUCUGUUAUCCCCGUGAGGAGGGGGUACUGGGGGAACAAGAUCGGGAAGCCCCACACCGUCCCGUGCAAGGUCACGGGGAAGUGCGGCUCCGUUACCGUUAGGAUGGUUCCCGCGCCGAGAGGUUCGGGGAUCGUGGCGGCUAGGGUUCCCAAGAAGGUGCUGCAGUUCGCGGGGAUUGAUGAUGUUUUCACCUCCUCCAGAGGAUCCACCAAGACCCUCGGCAACUUCGUUAAGGCUACUUUUGAUUGCUUGAUGAAAACCUAUGGAUUCCUGACACCAGAAUUCUGGAAGGAGACUCGCUUCUCCAAAUCUCCAUUCCAAGAGUACACAGAUCUACUGGCAAAACCAACAGGAAAGACUCUAAUCUUGGAGGAGGAAAGGGUGGAUGCUUGAUUUGCUAGUUUUGCUUUAUGGAUGUUUUAGGAACUUUAUUACUUUACAUACUUUGUUGGUUCUGUGCUUUACUUUUGGUUUUGAUAGACGGUAUGUCUCUGUAUGCAUUUUGAUUGUUUCCAAGUUUUAAUUGACUGCAGUUGAGUACCAUAGAUUUCUACCUGUUUAAUUUGGUUGUUGCAUCCAAAUAACAGAACUGCAUUGCCCCGUC